UUCCUUUUUAGUGGGCCGUUUCGUUGGAAUGAAGCAAAAAAUACUCUGUUCCUUCGGGAAUUAUACUCCUCGGAGCCAUUUCUGUACAAAGUGGGCAGCAAGGAAGCUGGCCAAAAAUGGACAGAAGUAGCCGAAAAACUAAACUGCUUCAGUCUUUUUAGAGACAUACCUCGGGAUCAGCGAAGCGUGAGGGAACAAUUUAACAAGCUGUUAAAAGACUACAAGAACAAGAAAAACAAAGAAGAAAAAGCAAGUGGGAUCAACCCUGAUCCACCAACAGAAAACGAAACAUUGCUUGAGGAAAUAGUUGCGGCCAUGGAGUCAACAACACUUCGUGUAGGAAAUGCAAACAGCAAAAGAGAUGACCAGAAGAGGAAGGAUGCACUUGCAUGUAGAGAUAAAGCCAUGACCACGUGGGCAAAGGCUGGAGCAAGUGGUGAAGCCUCUGAUUCUGGGGGCGAAAGUGCCACAGAGAAGAAGACUGUAAAGAGAAGAGGAAGAAAAAGAAGAGCUAGUUCUGAUCCUUUCCAGUAUUUAGCAGAGAAAACAGCUAAGGAAACAGACCUCAGAAAAGAAGAGCUG